UAUAUUUAUACCAACCAUAGGAGUAAACAAAAUAUUUCUAAAAAAUAAUAAUGAAAUUUAUAAAAGAGAGAUGGUAAACCUCUACCUCAAAUUGAAAAUUAUCUGGUUGCCUCACAGUAGAAGUGACUUUUGAAAGUUCUGGAGAAUUAUUCAAAAGACUCGUACAUUGGAUUAAGGUGGAAAGCAUAGGAUCAAAAUAAAUUAACUAAAAGGAAUGGGGCCAUCUUAUCUUUGAUUAAAGAUAAACUUUAGCAUUAAAUUUAAACCAGUGUUAUAGGAUAUUUUAGGAUUCCCUUUAGGAAAGGAAGGAUACUUUACCAUCCAUUAUUGUGCAAAGCAUCAAAUUAUUAGAAUGAAUACUGAAUACUCAGUACAAGUGGAGUAUUUCAUUCAUCAGCUAGCUAGCGUAUACUAUCUUUGAUUGCUCUAUGAUCCAAUUGAGUGAAUUAAUUUGCAGGCAAGCAGCUGCUCUCACGUUUCAGUAUAUAAUGGCUCAUGCACUUUCCCUUUGUUAUUUUCCUUUUUCUUGAUUUUCAGUCUCUUGCUGUUGAUUUGUUGUUCGUUUCGAAACCCCCCCCCCCCCCCCCCCCCCCCCCCCACAAAAAAAAAAAAAAAAAAAAAAGCAGGUAGCACUUGUGCACAUAGGUCUGUUUUUGUUUUCCUAAAGACUACUUGAAAAAGUUUAAAAAAAGAAAAAAAAAAAGUUGUUGCGUAAUCCAUAGUUGAUACCUUUUGUUUCAGCUUCCUCUGUUAACUAAUAUCCAUAGCUGAGUCUUUCUCUGCUGGUAUUGAUUUUCGUUUAUUUUUCCAUUCAUCUACGCUAUGUAUUUUUGAUCAGCAUUAUUUCAUUUCUUUUGUUGUCACAUUGUAUUGUGUUGUUAUUUGUUUAUAUGAAAUUGAAAAAAAAAAAAAAAAGAAAAAAAAAAAGAAAAAAAGAAGCGAAUACAGAGAGACAUAGAGAGCUACAGUCAUAAAAGAGAGGCAGGGCUUUGGAAUUAUUAUAAAUGGAUGUUGUGAUUGCAAUUGUUGCAAAAAUUGAUGAAUACACAGUGGCACCAGUUGGUCGACAAAUUGGCUAUGUUUUUUCGUAUAGAAGCAAUAGGGACAACCUCGACUCCAAAAUUCGACAGUUGGAGCAUAAGAAAAACCGGCUUCAACAUUCUGUUGAUGAGGCAAAAAAUAAUGGUCAUGAAAUAGAAGCCGAUGUUCAAGAGUGGCUUGACAGAGUACCUGGGGUCACUGAGGAGGCUAGAAAUUUUAGAAGAGACGAAGGCCGAGCAAAUACGAGGUGUUUAAAUGUUUCAUUUCCAAACCUGGUGUGGCGACAUCGGCUGAGCAGAAAAGCAAAGAAGAUGGUGCAGAGCAUUACCAGUGAAAUACAAGUUGCAGACGGGUUUGAUCGGGUUUCUUACCUUCCUACCCGUCAAAGUUCAAUCAGAAACAAAGGUUACGAGGAAUUUGGAUCGAGAAUGUCAACUUUGAGGAUGAUGUUGGAGGCACUGAGAGAUCCCAAUGUUAAUAUGAUUGGAUUGUAUGGGAUGGGAGGCGUUGGUAAAACCAUGCUGGCUAAAGAAGUUGCUAGAAAAGCAAUGGAAGAAAAGAUUUUCAGUCAAGCCAUUCUGGUUACUGUAUCCCAAAACCCAGAUUAUAAAAGUAUUCAACAAGAAAUUGCAGGCAAGCUAGAUCUUAAGUUGGAUGAUCUGACAAGCUUAUCUGCCAGAGCAGAUCGACUACGAAGUCGAUUGAGGCAAGAAAAGAUGAUCCUCAUAAUUGUAGAUGAUGUGUGGAAAAGGAUCGACUUAGAUGAUGAUGUUGGUAUAUCAUUUGGGAGUGAUCAGAAGCAAUGCAAGAUACUAUUGACAUCCAGGUUUUACAAUGCGUUAAAGAAUGACGUGAGUAAUAAAAAUAUUUUUGAGGUUGGAAAAUUAUCUGAAAGUGAAUCCAUGGAUUUAUUUAAUAAAACAGCAAACGAUUCAGAUGGUAAGCCCCAGUUUCCAGAUUUGGCAACUCAGAUUGUUAAAGAAUGUGAUGGUUUACCGCUUGCGAUAACAGUAGUAGGAAGUGCAUUGAGGAAGCAACCUUGCCCUGUUUGGGAGAAUGCCUUGGAUGAGUUAAGAAUGUCAAGUCCAAAUAACAUCGAAGGAAUGCAUGAAAGAGUGUACUCCAGUGUCAAGUUAAGUUACAACUAUCUGCCAAGUGAAGAAGCAAAGUCAUUGUUGUUGCUCUGCAGUUUAUUUCCAGAAGAUGCAGACAUAGACACCGGUGAUCUGUUGAAAUAUGCUUUAGGUUUGGGCUUGUUUCAAGGCCCUAUACGUAAUUUGAAAAUGGCAAAAAAUAGGAUGUUUACGCUUGUUGAAAAUCUUCAACGUUCUAGUCUUCUGUUGGAUGGUUCUUAUGGCAAGGACAAGGUGAAAUUGCAUGAUGUGAUCCGUGAUGUUGCUAUAGAUAUGUCAUCCAAAGAGAGGCGUUGGUAUAAUAUCAGAAAUCUUGAUGAGUUGGAUGAAUACAUGACGAGGGACCACAAAAAAUUCAAAGAUGCCGUUGCAAUUUCACUCCUUAGCUGCACAAAUGUCAUUGAACAGCUUCCAGAUGAAAGAUUGGAAGGUCCACAGCUUCAGUUAUUAUCGAUUGAUGGGUACCAUGGUGGAUCGUCUUAUGGUCAAAUUGCAGAUCGAUUUUUGGAAGGAUUGAAAGCGCUUAGAGUUUUAUAUUUGAGGUGUGUUAAUUUGGAUCCACUGCCUUCAUCCUUUCCUUUUCUUCAGAAUCUCCGAACAUUGCGUUUGAUUGAAUGCAGAUUGGGCAACAUAGCUCCAAUUGGAGAGCUCAAAAAUUUAGAAAUUCUUGACCUUUCAGAAUCUGAAGUUGUGGAAUUGGGAAGUGAAAUCGGACAACUGACUCGACUGCGGGUGUUGGAUUUGGGAAGAUGUUAUAAACUUAGAGUUAUUCAACCAAAUGUCCUGGGGAGUUUGCGAAAUCUAGAAUGUCUGAAAUUAAGUUACAGGUUUGAAAACUGGGAGGUUGAAGGAGUGAAAGGCUGUGAAAGAAGAAAUGCCAGUCUCAGUGAGCUAAAAAAUCUACCUCAACUUAGCUCUUUGUUAGAUCUAAGAAUUCCCAAUGUUAAUGUUCUACCAAAAGACAUCUUUGGGGAAAAACUGGAAAGUUAUUCCAUACAAUUGGGAACGAGUUUGACAGCUUCCGAGAUAUUUCAUUACGGAUACAAGUAUGGAACUCAUUAUUACAGAGUAUUGUCGAUGGAGCUGGAAAGAAGUUGUCAAUUAGAUGAGCUUGGGCUUGGAAAUUUGUUAAGAAGGUCUGAUGCCAUAGAACUAUAUGGAUUAGAGGGUAUGUAUAGUGUUAUUUAUGAAUUAGAUAAAGAGGGUUUUCCACAUUGUAAGCAUCUUCGGGUUGCAGAUAACGCUGGAAUUCUGUACAUCGUAAAAUCGGUUGGACAAACUGCCUUUCUGAAUUUGGAGAUUUUGAGUCUUGAAAUUUUGGUGAAGUUGGAAAAGAUCUGCCACGGAAGACUCGCACCGGACUCUUUUCGUAAUUUGAGGCGGCUUAGUGUAUUUAAAUGUGAUCGAUUGAAGAGUAUCUUCUGUUUCUCCAUAGCUAAGCUGCUUGAGGAAAUUGAAGUGAUGGAUUGCGAGAUGAUAGAGGAGAUAGUUGACAAUGAUGAAGCCAUUAAUGCUAAGAUUGAGUUUCCUCGUUUGCGCUCAUUACGGUUGGAAGAAUUACCGCAAAUUCUACAGUAUUGCUCUGAUCAUCAACCGAAGAGUACAACUACUACCAGCUCCAUUCCUCUUUUUAAUGAAAAGGUUGAGUUUUCCAACUUAGAGUCCCUGAGAUUAUUGAACCUCAAUAUCAGAAAAGUAUGGAGUGGUCAACUUCAAUGUUAUCAGAAAACAUUGGUUGACCAAGGAGCAUUUGGUAAUUUGUCAAAAAUUAUCGUGUCUGGCUGUGAUAAUUUGAAGGCUUUAAUACCAUUAUCUUUGGCUACAACUCUUGAGCAUCUCCGAACCCUAGAAGUCGACAAAUGUAAGGUCAUGGAAGAGAUAGUUUACAGCACAGAAGAAUCAGAGGAAGAAAUUAGGCUGGAAAAUAUUUUGUUCCCUAAACUUCGAUUUCUUUCUCUAAGCUGGAUUCCAAACCUUGUAACAAUUAUCAAAGACUCCAAGUCAACACGCACUGAUAAUGAAGCUGAAGGAAUUGACUCGGUGGCAUAUAAUCAACCUCUUUUCAAUUCUAAGGUUGAGUUUUCCAACUUAGAGUCCCUGAGAUUAUUGAACCUCAAUAUCGGAAAAGUAUGGAGCGGUCAACUCCAAUGUUAUCAGAAAACAUUGGUUGACCAAGGAGCAUUUGGUAAUUUAUCAAAAAUUUUCGUGUCUGGGUGUGAUAAUUUGAGGGCUUUAAUACCAUCGUCUUUGGCUACAACUCUCGAGCAUCUUCGAACCCUAGAAAUCGACAAAUGUAAGGUCAUGGAAGAGAUAAUUUGUAGUACAGAAGAAUCAGAGGAAGAAAUUAGGCUGGAAAAUAUUUUGUUCCCUAAACUUCAAUUUCUUUCUCUAAGCUGGAUUCCAAACCUUGGAACAAUCAUCAAAGACUCCAAGUCAACACGCAUUGACAAUGAAGCUGAAGGAAUUGACUCGGUGGCAUAUAAUCGACCUCUUUUCAAUUCUAAGGUUGAGUUCUCCAACAUGAAGGAAUUGUAUUUGCAAUCACUCAAUAGUUUGCAAAUGAUAUGGGACAUGCAACUUCUAGAAAAGUUUGAUAAUAAUUUGACAAGAGUGAUUGUGAAAAAGUGUGAUAAUUUGAAAAGUCUAAUACCUUCAUCUUUGUGUGAAGUCUCGUGCAUUUAGAAUGGUUGCAGAUAGGUGGAUGUGAAAACAUAAGAGAAAUCGCUUCCAUAGAAGAAUCAGAAGGACAAGAAAAGUUGGGAAAGAUUUUGUUCCCUCAACUUAGAUCUCUUAUGCUAUAUGACCUUCCAAAACUUAAGAGGUUUUAUGCCGGAGAUUGUAUUGAAUGUCCAUCACUGAAAGAACUAGAAAUAAAUAAUUGUGGAAAAAUGGAGACUUUCAUCAGCAACUCUCUUCCAAGCCACAUUGACAAUGAAAAUGAAGAAAUAGAAUCAGUCAAUAAGCAACCUCUCUUCAUCAAAGAUAAGGUUAAAUUCCCAAACUUAGAAGUACUGAAGAUUCACAAGAUUGAAGUCAUUAGUGAGAUCUGGGAUGGUAAUCAGUAUUCAACGUUGCCUUUUCCGAAGCUGAAGAGUAUAGAGUUGGAUUCCAUAUUCUCUGAAUCAUAUAAAUUUUCAUUCAAAUUCGUUCAAAGACUUGAACAUCUUCAGCAUGUUUGUAUUCGCGGUCCAUUCAUGGAAUCACUAAUUAGUUCCGAUGAAGCACAUCACAUACUCAUGCCUUCAAGAAAAUUGGAUUUGGAUGCACUUCCAAAGUUGAUGCAUCUGUGUGACGAAGGUGUCCAAACAUGCAAAACAUUUCGGGUUGUGGAAGUUCUGAAUGUAUCGAGGUGUGAGAGAUUAAAGAGCCUAAUGACUUCUUCAAUGUGUUUCCAAAAUCUGACAACUUUGAGUGUAUCAGAGUGCGAUGCAUUAGAAAAUUUAAUGGCUUCGGCAGCAGCGGCUAAAUGUCUGCAACAACUUACAGAAUUGACAGUACGCAAUUGCAAAAGAAUGACACAAAUAAUUGGGAAUAAUCAUGAAGCAGAAUGUGAUGUUGAAACAGACCAAAACGAGAUUGGGUUUAGCAACCUGAAGAUUUUACAUCUUCAUGACUUGUGCAGCCUCGAAAAGUUCUACUCUGGAAAUAACAUAAUAAGACUUCCCAAUUUGGAAAAAUUAAUUGUGAAUAAAUGCACUGAGAUGAGGACUUUUUCUCAUGGGACUGUAUACACCCCAAGGCUAUAUAGAAUAACGAUUAAACAAAGAAGUGCUUUGUUUAUUAAUGAUGACUGGGAAUACCAGGAGCUUUUGGAGGGUGAUGUUAAUACAACUCUACAAAAGCUUUGGGAGGACCAUCAAGCUGCUGCUACCUCAUCACAACACAACAUUACAUGGUAUUGAUAUAUUCAGAAUUAUCAGAAUCAGAAACAUCCGACAAGGAAGCUUUCAUGCACUCAAACAUCUCCUUGUAGUGGUAAUGCCCUUUGGCUGAAGAUUAUCGAAGUGAGUACAGUAACACUUCAAAGGUUUGAAUACUACAUUAAUUUACUACUUGUGACUUUUAUACUUAGGAGAUUCUGUAAACCUAUCUAAUGAGUACAGUAUCAUAGCUAAGGGAGCUCUUGCUGUCCAUUUUGUUUUAUAUUAGGCUACAAGAUUGGCUGUCACAGAGAGGUUGGUAGCUUAUGGUUGUAAUUAAAUGGGAAGACCCAGAUCUCAAUUUGAGUUUUUAUUAGAUUUGAAUCCGAAUAUGCGAUAAUGUUAGCCACAUCGCGACCAAAUCUAAGGCAUAUGAAACAAGCUUGGAGAUGUGUCAAUACUUGGACGAGCUUGGAGAUGUGUCAAGCUUGGAUUUGGCCUCUCUCUCACCCUAUGAAACAAGCUCGAUGUGUCAAGACCUCAUGGGACUACUUCAACUUGAGGGAAGCUAUAUGGAAGCAGCAAUGGUCAAACAACCACUGGACCAAAAGAUGUAAUAUUACAUUCACACUAAUGGUUGCUUUGGUUUGAAGCACUUAGGUUUCACUGGCUAUUUUGGACGACAAACUCAUUGAAUUCCCACUUGCUUUUGUAUGUAUCACACAUCAAAUGAAUCAAACUAAAUUUUUUUGGCACAAUUUUGUUAUUG